AAAAAAAACGUUUUUUUUGGGGGGAGCACAGUUAAAGCAGGUUAGCAACGCAGUUAGCUUUGGUUAUUGUUUCGUUUUUUUCGCCUAAUAAUGGAUUAAAACAGUUUUCUUAGGAAUUACAGCAUAAUGUAACUCCGUGUUGUUUCCUUAGAUUUUAUUUUCACUUUUUAAUUUGAUAUUUCAGUCUUUUUUUUUCGUUUUUUUUGUCGGCUGCUAAGUCACCUGCUCACCGAAACACAGAUCGGCGUCGAUGCGGAUAGAGCGCAUGGAAUCAGCGCUGCGUCCUGGUUGGACAAUGAACGAGAUGAAGGCAGAGCCUCUGGACUUUGUGCGAGACUUUCAGGAGUAUCUCGAUCAGCAGACGCAUCAUGUCAACGCGCUGUCGGCGUCCGUGAACGGCGAGAAAAGUGACGAGGAUUUGCGGACAGGUGUGUGUGAGGCGGAACAGAGUGCCAUGGAUCACCUGGCGUCCGUCGAGGUGCGUCUGGACGCGGAUGGGUUCGAGAGGACGGGUGACGGAAAGUUCCGGUGUCGUUACUGCAGCUACGCCAGCAAGGGGCAGGCCAGACUCAUCGAGCACAUGCGCACACACACAGGAGAGAAGCCUCACCGUUGUCAGCUCUGUCCAUUCUCCUCGGCGUAUGAGCGUCAGUUGGAGACACACAUGCGCUCUCACACGGGCGAGAAGCCGUAUAAGUGUGAGCUCUGUCCGUUCCGCUGUAACGACCGGAGCAACCUGUCUCACCAUCGCCGCCGCCGACACAAACUCCGCCGCCUGACCAACGCCGCCUCCACGCAGACCAAACCGGGAACACUGUUCAUCGGCGAGGACAAGCCCCUCCUGCUUUCCCAACCGCCAGCCAAUCAGGAGCAGGACUGCGGCGAUGGGUUGCGUCCCGGUUCGCCUCCUCAGCCCAGGGAGAGCUAUCAGAGGGAGGUCAAGGGUCACGCCCUGACCCCACCCUCUCAGGACCCUCACGCGGACACACUCCUGAGUCCGGAGUCAUCGCCGGCGCAGAUCAACGCCCAGACGCUGUACUUCUGCCCACACUGCCAGACGUAUUUCGGAGACAACGUGCUCUACACCGUACACAUGGGUUGCCAUGGUUACGACCAGCCAUUUCAGUGUAACGUCUGCGGUGUGCAUUGCAGUGACAAGUAUGAGUUCGCCUGUCACUUUGCCCAGGGACAGCACCGCAAGUGACACACACACACACACACACACACACACACACACGCUUUAUUUAUAUCUCCUAAAUCUCUAUUUAUGCCUUCACCUCGAGAGGAGGUCAAGGUCACAGUAACACAGUGGUCUUCAGCCACGCCCCCUCUCUCAGAGCUGGUCUAAUUUAUAUAUAUCUGAUGUCGUUUCAUAGUCUUAAAGCCACACCCACCUACACUCUGACUUCCAUAAAUAGUCUAGAAUUUAAAGGACACGCCCAAUUUAGUUCUCGCAUUCACGCAGCCAUGUUCUUAAAGCCAUGAACCCCGAAUGACCUUCUGGUGUCCAGAAUUUAAAGGACACGCCCACUUUGGCUUUCAUCUUAUUGAAGCCAUGGAAUGUCAUUUUAAAGACACGCCCACAUUUUUCAACCAGUUUCAGUUUCCAUGUUCAGUGUCUAAUAUAAAGAACACACCCAUUUUCCCUCUCCAAUCGCAUUCAUGCAGCCAUGUUAUUAAAGCCAUGCCCCUGGAGUGACCUCCUGAUGUCCAGAACACCUUGACCGUAUUUGCUUCUGAGGUCACGCCCACUUGUAACUGCUAUCACAGUGUGGAAUGUAAAGACCACACCCACUUCAUCUUCUAUGUUCUCAAGCCACACUCUCUUCAACAUUCCAAUAUUUAUAUGACAUGUAAAAGUAACAUUUCUUUUCUUACAUAAAGCCACGCCCACAUUCGUUUCUCUGGCACAAAGCCAUGCCCACCUCAAGCGGUUUAAAUUUUGUGUCUAUUAUGGGCCCGCCCCCUUUACACCGUCUCUCUAUUAAUAUACAGUAUGUAAAUUUAUAUUAAAAGGCCACGCCCACUCAGAGCCAGUCUUAUACAGUGUUAAAUUCAAGGAUGAACAUUCUGUACUAUUUAUGGCCGUCGAAGCCACGCCCAGAAACUGUAUUAUUCAUGAUAUUAUGAAGAAUAUAAAUGUAACACCGACAUUAUUUAACUUUCUAAAUUAAAAAGUAUUUAGUAUUUAUACUCACAUUUCUUCGAAUUUUUAAUAAAAAUUUGCAUAAAUGACGUUUUUAACAAUGUUUUAGAAACACGAUAGAAUUUUAAUCUUAUUUUAAUCCUUAUAAUUAUUUUAUUUCUCAUUCUGUUAUUUAUAAAUCCACCCUGAUGUGAUGUUCUAUGUUCUACAUAAUGGCUUGUGAUUUAUUUCAUGUUUUAAAAUAAAUCCUUUUAUAGAUUUUUACACAUGUAGGAAGGUUUAAACCUUUAUUUUUACAUUUCAGAAAUCUCUUUCUCUCUAAAACGGUACGCUUGUGUUUAUCUGUGUGAGUGUGAGUGUGUGUGACGUGUUGUGGGGGUUUUGUAGCUGAUGGAAUUCUGAUUACAAAAUUUAUUGUGUUUAAAAAAUGUUCCUGAUUAUAAAUUUUACAAACUGAUUAAAAAUAAAAAAGAGAAAACACGUGA